AAACGGUGAAAGCUAACGUACGAAACCAGAGAGCAGCUAGGAUGCGAUCUCCCGAUCCUGCCCGUAAACUAUCUCACAACUCUUUUCUGGUGUCCGUUUUAAUAUUAUAACCUACAAAAUGGUUCCAAGAAUACUGGUAAUUUUCAACGUUCUGUCAAUUUAUUUAAUUUCUUGUAUAGGUUGUAGUGAGGUAGAAUAUUGUGCGCAACCCGAUGAAUAUAUGGAAAAUGGUAGCAAAUGCACAAUACAACGGCAUUUUUCAAAAAAAAGGUAAACUCAAUAAGAUAUAUCUUAUACGAUGUAAAUCCUCCAGAGGGAUUUAAUCUAAGAAGAGAUGUUUAUAUCAGAGCCGCAGUGUUUGUGAAAGAUUUAGCGGAACAAGACAACGAGUUCGAUUGGCAAUUAGUGUUACCACCAUGGGAGAAGCUAUAUCAUUGGAAAAGUCGGGACUUGGGAUCACAGUUGCAAAUACCAUGGGGAACAUUCUUCGAUAUCGAAAGUCUUAGGAAGUUUGCUCCUGUUAUUGAGAUGUACGACUUCUUGAAAGAAUACCCAUCAGAGCAUGGUACAACCAUUGUUGAUAAGUUAUACAUUUUACAAAAUGAUGAGGAGAUGUUUAAAACGGGCAAGUUUGAGGACAAAAAUGAAGUUGUUAAAUGCUUGUCUGAUAGUCAGCAAAGAAUUGUUACAUGGGGAUAUUCCAACAUUUCAAUGAAGGAAGUAAGUUGUUUAACGUUUCAUGCAACAGUUUCUGGUUUGCGGAAGAACCUUCAGCCAAAGAUUUAUAGUUCUGUGGCGUUUGAUCACAUGGAGGUGGCGUUGCACGAUAGUUAUGGUUCUCAAAAUUACUGGCGAGCUCGUCGUAGUAUGCGGUAUAAUUCAGAAUUAUACGAAAUCGCGAAGAAAUUUAGAGAACAAUUUCUCCAUUCCAAUGACGUAAAAGACCAAACUAUUCGAUCUUCGGAUUGGACUAAAGAAAAAGGGGAACGAAAUGCACUCGGUGGGCCGUAUUUAGCGGUUCACUUAAGAAGACGAGACUUUCUUAUUGGUCGAUCUAAAUUUAUCCCUACAAUUCCGCAUGCUGCUGUGCAGUUGAAAGAAAUAAUGGUUCGAUUAGGAUUAAAUGUUACUUUUGUCGCCACUGAUGCAGAAGAGCAUGAGUAUAGUGAACUUCAGAAGCAUCUACCAGAUUACAAGAUUUUGAAGUUCCAGCCAUCAUGGUCUAUUAGAAAAAAAUUUAAGGACGGUGGAAUUGCUAUUAUCGAUCAAAUCAUCUGCUCACAUGCUAGGUACUUUAUUGGGACAUACGAAUCGACUUUUACAUUUCGAAUACAAGAAGAUAGAGAAAUCCUAGGUUUUCCUACCGAGACUACUUUCAAUGUAUUGUGUGGGAAAGAAAAGAAAUGUUUAUUAGGAGGACAUUGGAAGAUAGUGUGGUGACAAUUAGUGUAUAAAAUAAAAACUUGCCAUAUUUUACACAACUAUAGCUUGUACUAAUAAAUCUUUUUUUAUUAUUUCAUG